AUGCCCGAAUUCCCACCAUAUCAAAUCGAGAAGCUCCACGCUGCCAUUAGCGCCAUCAAUGACCCUUCGCUUUCUGCGCCCCGCAUGUCGAGUAUAAACUGUAGCAGCGGGGUCACAACUCCAAUGGAGCACAGUAACAGCUGCCCAAUGAAAGUCAGCUCCGGACCAUGUACUCCGGCAGAAGUUAAGCCUGGGAAUUGA